GUAAACAACAAGUUAGUGAUCAGGGUCAGGUCUCAGCGGGGCAGCUGUGCGUGUAGGUUAGCAGGCCGUCUGGGCCGUCUAUGGCCAAGAGAACAAACACGCAGUCUGAGUUAUGCCCCUAAACCUCACACCCGAGUGUGGUUAGUGACACUUUAUCGCAUUUACUUGUGUUUUUGGGACAGCAUCUGAAUGUUUUGCAUUUGUGAAGUUACCAUAGUGUUCGGAGUGGAGCCUGGCCUCGGUGUUGUUGGAACAAGAUGAUAAAAAACUGGGGUCUCGUCGGAGGGAUCGCGGCUGCUAUUGCAGCUGGAUUAUACGUCCUGUGGGGCCCGAUCACUGAGAGGAAGAAGAGGAAGAGAGGAAUGGUCCCAGGUCUGCUGAACUUGGGCAACACCUGCUUCUUGAACUCCUUGCUUCAGGGUUUGGCAGCAUGUCCGUCUUUCGUCAAUUGGCUGGAGAGGUUUUCAGGCCUGCCCUCGAUCCAGUCAUGCAAAGACAACCAGCUGUCCUCCACGCUGCUGCAGCUACUCAAAGCUCUGUCCAGUGAGGAGCCUGGAGACGAGGAGGUUUUAGAUGCUGGAUGCCUCCUGGAUGUUCUCAGACUGUAUCGCUGGCACAUCAGCUCAUUUGAAGAGCAGGAUGCACACGAACUUUUUCACGUCCUCACGUCUUCUCUAGAGGAGGAGCGAAAUCGACAACCUAAAGUCACACAUUUGUUUGACAUGCAGUCCCUGGAGUCUCUUCCUGACGAAGAGGACAAAACUGUGGCCUGCAUUAGUCGAGCUCCUCUUCAUCCGAUACCUGGUCUCUGGAAGUUCCAGCAUCCUUUUCAUGGUCGUCUAACGAGCAAUAUGUCGUGCAAGCACUGUGAAAUUCAAAGUCCAGUACGGUACGACUCAUUUGAGAGCCUCUCCUUGUCCAUCCCUCUUCCUCAGUGGGGUCGGCCUCUCUCUCUAGAUCAGUGUCUGCAGCAUUUCAUUUCGUCAGAGACAAUCAAAGAGGUGGAGUGUGAAAACUGCACAAAGCUUCAACAAAGCUCGACAAGAAAUGGGCAAGUUUUUGAAAGCCAGAGGACAACGUUUGUUAAACAGCUUAAACUUGGAAAGCUCCCUCAGUGCCUCUGCAUCCACCUACAAAGACUGACGUGGUCCAGCGAAGGAACGCCCAUCAAGCGACAGGAGCACGUCCAGUUCACGGAGUAUCUAUCGAUGGAUCGCUACAAACACAACAACUCCACGCAGAGGAGUCAGCGGUUCACAUCGACUCCUAUAGCCAUAAAAACAGAAAGUUUGGAGGAUUCCACAGAAAGGCUAAAAGCUAAUGGGACAGGUGCAGAACAUCAUAACAAUAACAGGCCUUUCUCUAAUGGAACCUGUUCUUCUGUGUUUCUUCUCUCUCCUGGUUUGAACCCACAGCUCGGUCUCACGUAUGACUUCAGCUCCGCAGAGUAUUUAUUCCAGCUAACAGCGGUGUUGGUUCACCACGGUGACAUGCACUCAGGACAUUUUGUCACCUACCGCCGCAGCCCUCCCUCGCCCUGCGGCGCCUCACCCUUCAGCUGUCAGUGGCUCUGGGUGUCUGACGACUCUGUGCGGAAAGCCAGCCUGCAGGAGGUGCUGUCUUCCAACGCGUACAUGCUCUUCUAUGAGAGAGCGCGACGGCCGACGAUCGAUCGAGUAGUUGCCUGAUCGACCUCUCGCCGUGGUUACCGCCAGGUGCAGCUUUGCACCGAGUGUGUCGCGUCGUAAUGGAAACCGAAACGGAGGCUGGUAAUCCCAAAGAUAAUGGACCUGCAGGAUUUCUCUCAAAUAUCAUUGUCAUAUAAGCUACUUGUCUUUAACACUUUGAACAGUUUCCUGUAACAGACAACAGGAAUACUUGACAGUGCCCUGUGAUUACACUGUAAAUGAGGAGUUUUUAAGAAUACUUUUGACUUUGUAAUCAUGCAGUGGUGUAAAUAUAAAUGAAAUAUGCUAUUAGAUAUUCCUGCUAAUUUGUCAAAAUUACUUUACAUUACAGGCACUUAAAAAAGUGAAAUAAAUCUGUUACACAUUAAAAACUGUCAGUGAAAUGGUCCCAGCUGCAGCCUUGUUUAAUUUACAUUCCCAUCAUUCCCAACAGCAGCUGUAACACUGAUCAUUUCAGCUACUACUCUGCCAUUUUAAAUCUUGUUUAUGCCGUAAUUUAUAUACCUGCACAGUGGAAGAUAAAGUGCCAUGUUGUUUUUAAUGUUCAACAUUUCUAUCAUAUGAAACCACUUGUGCAGCAGCUAUUAGGGCUGUCCUAUCUGACCUAAAACUACGAUGCAUCCAAGCCGCUGUUCAUGGUGUCCUGGUUCUACUGGUUUCUAGUCUUGAUUAUGUGCAAAUGCUUCUGGGUAAUUUAUCCUGAAUUAUUUUUAAAUCCUCAGCAGUAAAUAACUUUGGUUUCCUACCAAACCGAGAAAGUCUAAAUGCAGCAGUGUCUGUCCGGAUGUUUGCACUGAUGUAUUUCCAUGUCUUUGUAAGUGACUGUUUUCAAA